CUUACCGAUGUACUGCGCCCGGUCUUCGUCUUCUCCCGGAUAAAACAAAAAUGGAUACAUCACAUCGACAAUAAAAUACACGCUCUUUUUGAAUGAUAUAUUGUGAAUAAAAGUGCUUGUGGUUAUAAUGCAUGCGGACGAAAUCUGGGGUCUUUCCCAUGACCAAGGGGACCAUGUCAGUGGAGGAGACAGCAGAUACCUUCACCAUCCUGUUCAGUGAAAUGAUGUGAACACCUGUGAGGCUGUUCUCCAGUCUUUACUGACCCAAUGGAGAAAGUCCAUUAAAACAGCGUUUUAGUCCAGGACUAGGCUUAAUCUGUGUCUGGGAAAGCAGCCCUAUGUGUAUGAUGAAUGUGACCAGUCUGCCGUCAGUCUGCCACCACCACACCUACAACAGCAGCCUGGGCCCGAGGUCCUCCUCCUCUUCCUCCCCUGGCUGGGCCCUGAUCCACACGGCUACCCUCACUUCCUGCUCUCUCCUCCUCAUCCUCAUAUUCUUUCUGGGUUCUUACGGCAACCUGGUGGUGUUCCUCUCCUUCUUCCACCCGGCCUUCCGCAAGUUCCGCACCAACUUCGACUUCAUGAUCCUGAACUUAUCAUUCUGUGAUAUGAUUAUAUGUUGCGUGACUGCGCCGAUGUUCGCAUUGGUGCUUUUCCUGGACUCAGGAGGAGGGGGUGGCGUGUCAAAGACUUUUUGCUUCACCUUCCACCUGACCAGCUCUGCCUUCAUCAUCAUGUCUCUGGAGACGGUAGCUGUGAUCGCCCUCCAUCGGCUCCGUAUGGUCCUGGGCCAGCAGCCCAACCGCAUGGCCUCGCUCCCCUGUACUCUGGCUCUCACCGCCCUCCUCUGGACCUCUAGCUUUACUAUGGCUGCCCUGCUCACCCUGCGAGCCUACCCCAUGAAGGAGGGACCCUGCCUGCCUCACUUCGGCCUAACGGGUGGGCCUGCAAGGGUGGUUCUAUAUGUCUACCUGGCAGACUUUGCAUUCUGCGUGGCGGUGGUGUCUGUCUGCUACCUGAUGAUCGCUCAGACGCUGAGGAAGAAUGCACAGGUGAGGAAGUGCCGCGUCAUCACUGUAGACGCCACACGCCCGCCGCUACCACAACCCCCUCCCCCGCUCAUGGCGGCCGGCAUAGAGAGCAUGCAGUGUGCCGUCCAGGUUCCUUCACUCUACCGCAACCAGACCUACAACAAGCUCCAACACAUUCAGACUCACUCCUACACUAACAGACCCACCAGCCAGGGUCUAGUACCCGGGGCUGCCCAGGGAGCUACCUGCUGCCAGCUCGUCUCUACGGUCAACCUGGCCACAGUUAAAGACUCCAAGGCUGUAGUAACCUGUGUGGUGAUUGUGUUCUCCGUCCUUCUCUGUUGUCUCCCCAUGGGCGUCUCCUUAGCCCAGGACGUCCUCUCUCCAGAGAGCAGCUUCGCUCACUACCAGUUCGAACUGUGCGGUUUCGCGCUCAUCUUCCUCAAGUCGUGCAUCAACCCAUUCGUGUACUCUCGCAACAGUGCCGGGCUUCGCCGGCGCGUCCUCUGCUGCCUCCAAUGGGUGGCGCUGGUGUUCCUCUGCUGCAAGCACAAGACACGGCUCCAUGCCAUGGGUAAAGGUAGUCUCGAGGUCAACCGUAACAAGUCCUCGCACCACGAGACCAACUCUGCCUAUGUCCUCUCACCCAAGCCACAAAGGAGACUGGUGGAUCAAGCCUGUGGACCCAGUCACUCCCGGGACUGUGCCCCCAGUCCAAGAGCUACGGGCGGGCAUGGUGGGCGUAAGCCCAGGCCCCCUAGCACCUCCACCCCCAUCAACACCCGUAUCGAGCCCUACUACAGUAUCUACAACAGCAGCCCCUCUGCAGGACCCGGCUCCCCUACCAACAGUCUGCAGCCUGCUGCCAACUCCUCCUCCUCCCAGGCCUUUGGGUUCAACAAGUCCUAUGUUGCCAUGCACUAUCACAUCCACCAGGAGGUGCUGCAGGACGUUGAGAGCACCUCAGCCCAUAAGAUACCCAUACCUUCAGUCUGAUUAACCACCAUGAUUGAUUGGAUCCCUUCAGUCUAAACUGACAAAUAACCUUGACUUAGACCUGAAGACUUGUGUUGGCUCGCCAAUCUAAUGCCAAUAGGCUUUAGUUCAGUGGGCUAACAUAGUCUUGUGGUUCUGCCGGACUUUGAGAGCACCUCGGUGCAUCAGAUCUCCAUACCUUCAGUUUAACUUACCACAAUGAUUUAUACAUGAAUUGAUUUGUUUAUUGAUCAGAUACUGUACUUCGAGUGUAACCCUGCCACCAUGCUGAAAUUUGAGAGGGAUUGGGCACAUAGAUCAGGGAUGCUAAAAGUUACUAUAAUAUUAUAUGACUAUCACCACAAGACACCAGAGAGUAAACGGUACUAAUUGUCUGAAUAUCAUGUGGUAUUGAACUGUUAGAGGUAAAGAAUAACCCCCAUUGACUUUAGAAUAUUAAAUGGAUGAUCUCUUAGUCCAGAGGGAGAGAAACAGCACUGAUCCCAUAUUGUUAUUGAUGUUACUGAAAUAAGUGGAAUCACUUUUUACACUGACAUGACAUUUUUCAUAUUGUACAAUUUAUAUGGUCUUUCUCGUCAUAAUAAUACUGUAUUUGUGAGUCUCAUACAUGUUCUAUGAUAUCAGUAAAUGUUUUGCAAGUGCAAUGUGUCCAGUGCGCUCCUGGCAAAGAAAAUAUCUAAAUUGAAGAUCUAUUGUAGAUCCACAAAGGUAAACACCUCUUGUGGAGUAAGAGACCUCUGGUGGUCAACUAAUCAACCUGCAACUCACUGUCCAAGCUUUUGUCAUGUCACACAGUGAUGUCCAGUACAGAUGCUCUCAACCCCCAGACGUUUCACCAUGUUGUUGAGCUAACUCAUCUGAUUCACCUAGUCAACACGUUCAAUCAGGUGAGCUAGCUGUGUAAUAGUUCAAAUACAUGGAAUGUAAGGGGUUACUGAGAAGUUUGAGAACCCCUGAUCUAUUGUAACACAUUAUCUACCAGUGAUCAGACAGAAGUCACUUUUUGUUCAGAGAAGAGCAUCAGUUGGUCUUUUACUAAAUGUGUCAUGUUUGAGAGCUGAGGACCAAUCAGGUUAUCAUAUUGUGGCUAGCUAUCCAAGACCAUGGGGUAUGACUAGAAUUCAUUUCAACCUAACUUUGUUCAGAUAGUUUUAUUUAUUUUUUCAGUGUAUUCCUCAUUUAAACCACAGAACACACCAGAUUUAGAAAUCCACAGAAAUGACAUCUGAUUUAGUGCAUAACCAAUGUUAAUCAUCAGCGCUCGUCGAUAAGAUCCGGGGAUUGAAGUCACAGCACAUCAGUUUAUAAGAUACUCUCAAUCACCCUGUAACGUAACAACAACCAGGGUUGGGGUCAAUUUCAGAAGGAAACUGAAAUUCAAAUCCUAAUUUUCCUUACUGCUUUCGAAUGAGGAAAUUGGAAUUUCAGUUUCCUGAAUUGACAAAUGGAUUUGACCCCAACCCUGACACCAAAGCCCCAGUCUUACUAUGCCCAGAUAUUGUUUGUCCAAAUAUUUUUAAAUUCAAAUGGACUUUGUCGGAAGAUACUGUAUCUACAAACAAAAAAAUGCGUAUAAUUGUCAAGGACAAGCAUGUAAUCAAACUGAAAUGAAACCCAAAUAAAUACAGUUAAAAUGCUGCCGAUAAAACCAACUACGUAUAAAAACAUGAGCAGAGAAAAUGAUUUGAUGUAGAGGUGCUGACUACCGGCGAAUAAACUAUCAGCUCUAUAAAUAAAGAUUCACACACUAUAUAAACUCCUUGUCAUUUAUUGGGUAAAUCACCAUGUUUCGGCAUCACUCUGCCUUUAGGGUAAUGUCAUGAAUGCUUAAACCAGAUUAUGUAGACAAACAGUGGAAUUAGUGCAACCAAUGACAAUAGUGAAGGGUGUCAUGAUUAAGUUAAUUAGAAUGAAUUGAGUGAAACAAUAAAUAAAUAUAGCAUAUUGAAUAUAUUAGGCUAUUGUUAUCAUAUGGAAACAAAUAUUGUAUAUAUAUUAGCACCAACAUACAUUGUUCAAUUCAAUUUCACAUAUAUAUUUGUUCCCAUUUCAUAAAAACAUGUGUUAAUGUCAUCUUUUGGUUCAACCAUAAUGCAUAAUCAACAGGGGGAACAUAUUGGGUGUACGCUGAUAAGCUGUAGAAAGAAUAUAUCCAUUCAUAAGACUUGUUCAUAAAAUGGGCCUGAGAUCAAAGUCAAUAUUCAGACCAUUAGUGGUCAAUGUUUUUAUAGAGGAUAUCCAGUAGGCCUCCCUUUGUAGUAGUAGAAUCUCAAUGUUACCUCCUCUCCUUGGUAGAGCAACAUGCUCAAUGCCUGUCUAUUUGAGAGGAGAGAGGUUGAUUAGCUGCUACUGGAUAGUCAAUGUUAUUUAACAGUUUCACUCAAUUAUUAAGUUAAUUAGAAUUAAUUAUGACACACUCCACUAAUGUCAUUGGUUGCGCUAAUUGCACUGUUGUCUAUAUAACCUGGUUUUAGCAAUCAUGACAUUAUCCUGAAGAGAACACAGUGAUGCCGAAAUGUUGGUGAUUUACCCAAUAACUUACUGGGGGUUUAUAUAUAGUGUUCAACUACAACAUGGAGGCUGGUUAUCCUGAUGAUGCUGUUUGAAUGAUUGGCUGUUCUGUCCAGGCAUCUUGGCCAGAGAACACUAGAACUAACCUGCACUAAGAGGAAGAUCUGAAGUCCAGUC